AUGGCUUCAGGAACGUUCUCUUGCGUCGUGCACCCUUACGACUCACUAACUUCCAACGCCACCGCCUACGAGAUAGGGCCGUCAGGCUCGAAUGCCAUAAUCUUUGUUGGCGGCCUCGGAGAUGGGCCUCACACCGUUUCUUAUACUCAAACUAUAGCCAGGAACCUUGAGGCCAAGAGUCUGGACUGGUCUGUCUUCGAGAUCAGGAUGAGGAGCUCGUUUACGGGGUACGGUUAUUCGAGCCUGAAGAAUGAUGUCGAGGACAUUUCGGCCCUCGUAAGAUAUCUCCGAGGUAUCGGAAAGAAGAAGAUUGUCCUCAUGGGACACUCGACCGGGUGCCAGGAUUCCGUCGAAUACACCAAGCACAAGGAGGAUCCCGUCGACGGGUUCAUCCUCCAGGGCCCGGCAUCAGACAGAGAGAGUAUUGCCGACUUCAUCACACCGGAGCUGUACAAGAAGGGCGUGGAUCUUGCAGAGAAAAUGAUUGCAGAGGGUAAGGCGGGCGAGGCCAUGCCUACAGACCACCUGCCGUCCUUGUUUGAUACGCCCAUCACGGCAUACCGUUGGCAUGCGCUGGCGGCCAAGGGGGGCGAUGAUGACUACUUCUCAUCUGAUCUCGACGAGUCCUUCGUGUCUUCGGUCUGGCAGAGGUUCGAGCAACCGGUGAUGGCUCUGCACUCGGCCGAAGAUGAGUUCGUCCCGGCCAAAAUCGACAAGCAAGCUCUUAUCGACUCGUGGAAGACGACGAGCGCAAAAGUGCACCAUUUGAGCGGGGUGAUCCCAGGAGCAAGCCAUGCUGUGAAGCAGGCAGAGGCCCAGAAAUGGUUGGCAGGCCGCGUGAUGGAGUUCAUCCAGCAAAUGUGA